CCAAAACCCGGAAGUGAAACAGGAAGUGAUUUCAAGAUAUACACGAGAUGGACCCCGGAGCAAACAUCAAUAAAUAUUUCGUCCAAAAAUUGCAAAUGGCAACCAAAGAAAAACUGAGAAAAUUCAACAGUUUACGUGGUCGAGAGGUUGCCUGCGGUGAGUUUUGGGACGCGGUGGUCGUGACUUCCGCGGAUGAGAGGCAAAAAUAUGCUUACGAGCUUCAGAUAAAGGAAAAAGUAGACAGGAAAGAGCUUCCAUUUGGAGUUCACUACAAAGUCUUCUCGGAUCCACCUGGAUAUAAAAUAGGCAAUGGCGGCUCUACUUUAUAUGCUCUGCAGCAUCUCAGUGACAUCUUUGGCAAGACUCUUUGCAGGAUGAGAGUCAUCAUGAUCCAUGCAGGUGGCUCGAGUCAGCGCUUACCCAGUGCCAGCGCCCUCGGAAAGAUCUUCACCGCCGUGCCGCUUGGCGAGCCCCUCUACCAGAUGCUGGAACUCAAACUAGCCAUGUACGUGGAUUUGCCCAAUCACAUGAAGCCCGGCGUGCUGGUGACCUGCGCGGACGACAUCGAGCUCUACAGUAUCGCCGAGGGUGAGCGUGUUGCAUUGGACAAACCCGGCUUCACCGCUUUAGCCCACCCAUCGCCGCUUUCCAUCGGCACCACCCACGGCGUGUUUGUUUUGAAGCCGAGUGAGGACGCCGAAUGGUCGGAAAUGGAGAACAGAACCUGCCUGCGCUUUCUUCACAAACCAAGCAUCGAGACGAUGCGCGACACGGGCGCCGUUUUUCAAAGGAGAAGCGAUUGUUUUCCUCUUUCUGAUGCCGAAUUUGUCUACACGGACAGUACCUACUACGUGGACUUUGAUACCUCACAGCGUCUCCUCGGUAUGCUGAAAGAGGUGGCACCGCUGGAGUGUGAGAUCGACGCCUACGGCGAUUUCCUCCAAGCGUUAGGCCCGCUGGCUUCGAUAGAAUACACUCGCAACACGGCCAAUGUCACCAAAGAGGACGACGGCCUGGUAGAAAUCCGCCAGAAGAUUUUCCGUCUCCUGCGAGGAAUGCCGCUCAACGUGGUCCUCCUGAAUAACUCCAAGUUUUAUCACUUGGGGACCACGAGGGAGUACGUCUUCCAUCUCACCGGGGAUGACGCCCUGAAGAGCGAGCUGGGUGUCUUAUCUUCUGCGUUCAGCGUGGGACCCGAUCCAAAGACCGAUGCAACCUCCUGCGUGAUGCACAGCGUCCUGAAACCGAAUUGCUCCCUGGGGGCCGGAUCCGUGGUGGAGUACUCCAGACUGGGCGAGGGGGUGUCCGUGGGUCGGGAUUCGGUGCUCAGCAGCUGCUGGGUCAAUCCUGGUUCUUCGGUGCCCGACGGCGUCUUCAUGCAUUCGCUCUGCGUGACCCAGCAAAACAGAAGCGUCUUCGUAACCGUCGCCUUUGGAAUAGACGACAACUUAAAACGCUGCGUGAAAGCUUCGGCGUCUUUGGACUCGUUGACUCUUUUUGGCGUGACUCUGGAAGCCUGCGUGACCUUUUGGGGACUGGAUUGCCACGACCUAAAGUUCUCUGGUGAUGUGUCCAGUUUGUGGACCGCUUGUUUGUUUCCAGUUUGCGAGGACCAAGAACGCUCGUUCUCUGUGUCGCUUAGCAUGUUGCAAGCGGUUCUGGACAGAUGUCCUUUCAACUUACCUAAAGACCUCAAAUUAAUAUCCAUGCAUGAAGCACUGCAGUGUAAGAACCUGAAGGAGAUGCUGAACUUUAGGAAGGGACUCUAUCAUGACAUCACACAGAGAUCUUGAAGCUCUUUUAACGUGUCUCAUGAGCGGCAAGUUCCAACCCUAAUCUUUAUCUGACCUCUGUCGCCAUCUACUGGGAUAUGUUUGUCACUGCAAUGAUUUACAAAUGUGAAUUUCACAGAAAGCUUUUCAAUGGGCUUCUUUCCCGGCCCGAGGAAAACAAUGAUUCUGCUUAUCUUGUAUGUUUCCCAUCAUGAAUUAAAUGGGAAUUUAACAUC